UCGAAUCCGACGCUGACAAUUUCCGAGCGCGCUGCAACCGAACGUGUACCUCGAUGGUGGCGAUCACGAGCGUGUGGACCGCAUUGGCCGCUGCCGUAGCCUCUUGGCUGCAUGUCGCGAACGCGGAUGCGUCGUCAUACUCGAUUGUUGACACUAUCGUGGAAGGGGACGCCAAAUUGAGCGUCGUUCGCUCCAGCGUAGCGUUUGACACAGGAAGCAUCCGCGUCCGCUUCCUCCUGUCGGAUCAAGCCAUCAUUGGGGGGCAGUUCGAAGACCCAGAAUACAGCGACCAAGCCAUCUUUCCUGGUUUCGCCAUCAUGCAAGCCGCGAGAUACUUGGAUCGUCCGCUGUCACGUGCGAUGCAAAUCGGAUUGGGAGUGGGGACUGUUCCAACGUUCUUGCGGCAGCAUGGGGUACCGACAGACGUUGUGGAGAUCAGCCCAGGGGUCGUGAAACUGGCUGAAGCUCAUUUUGGGUACGAGAACUGCGUGGCACCGCAGAAAACCAAGACCGACCUGACCAAAGUGCCCCCGUGUCCCAAUGGCAAGACUGUUGUGAUGGACGGCCUCGACUACUUGAGCACCAAGGCGCCUCCGAAGCCCUUCUACGACUUGAUCAUCAUUGACGUGUACACAGGACACAAUGUCGUCCCUUUCUACACCGAUGCGACCAUGUGGCAACUCAAAACGUCGUGGCUCAAGCCCCGGGGUAUCAUCAUCGUGCUUCGACUUCUCAUGUGGGUGUUGGUAGGAGUCGUUGUUCUCAACUUCGUGGGGUAUUUCAACUCGGACCUCGUUCGCGCGAUCUAUUUUACGCUGCGUUCGGUCUUCCAGCACGUUCGAUGCUUUCGUGAAAUGGCCGAGGGCAAUCCAUCCGAGCCCGCCAACUUGGUCUUCUACUCCUCCAGCGCCCCCAUCACGUUCACCCUUCCGACGGGGCCGCGCUAUGACGACAACCCUGCCGGGUACUACGAGGUGAUCGCCAAGUUUCAAGAAUGGGAGAUAACGUCGUGGACGCCGUCAACCAUCGAGGUUGCGGUGGACCAAGACGUGUACUCAAGCGAGAUCGACUUCGACGACCUCAAAGCUGUCACCGACGACACGGCCAUCCUCAAGUCCGGCGCCGACUUUCAACCGUAUCGCGACACGUUGGCCGCCACGGAAGACUAUAUGCGCCAGUUUUGCAUCGGACAGUUCCCAGCGGCCAUGUGGACUUCGCUCGGGCUGCCAACGUCGUAAAGCGGUCUUUAUAUAUCAGUUCGUCUAGUCUAUUCGUCAUCUUCGUCAUCUUCAUCGUCGCUGGGCUCAUACGAUUCCAACCAGCUUAACCACUCGGACGUUUCAAUGAUCGCUUGCAUUUUCCCCGCCGUCGUGUCCUCAACGUCGUACUUGUACUCGAUAAACGCCUCGUCCGCCACAAUGUCAAACGCAUACAGCGCCUUGAACGCGAGUUCCAUCAUGCCCUUCGUUCGGUUGCCUUCGCGGCCGCGGUGUUCAUGCAUAAAGAGCUGCAGCGCGUACAGCGCCUUGAGUUGUUCUUUGCUCGAGGCGACGCCGACGGUCGCAGACAAGAGCGCCCCGUACUCGUCCGGAGUGAGCCACUUGGAGCUCGAGAUCGCGGUUUCUUCGUUGUGUUUCAACACUUCGGCCAUCACGACAGCCGCGCUCACGCCCUGCAACGAGGCCUUGCCGGCCUUGACGAUCUCUUGACCCUUCUUGGUCGUUGCCAACAACGCGCGGACAACUUCUGUGUCUUUCACUGCCUUUUCAGCCGCUGCCGCCAUCGCAGCCUUCUUUUCUUCGGCGGCAGCAAGGGCCGCUUCGUCCGCCAAGCGCUUCGCCUCCUUUCGUUCGGCUUCUUUGCGCUUCUUCUCUUCCUCGCGGGCUGCCUUUUCCUCUUCCUUCUUCGCGCGAGCAGCUUCGGCCGGAUCGGGUUUGUCGUCCAAAGUCUGGCGCCCAAAAGCCGACGUCAUGCGGCUAGUCGAACGGUCAUCGUCGUAACGACGGUCACCACUGCCAAAUCGUCCGCCGUCACGGUCGCCGAAGCGAGGGCCGUCAUUGAAGCGGCCACCGUCACGGUCGCCGAAGCGAGGGCCGUCAUUGAAGCGGCCA